AUGGGGAGUUUGAUAUUCAGAGAAAUUGUUAAAGAUGGGGAUACAUAUCAAGCUAUGUAUCAAGUCGAUAGGCUUCAACUUCUCUCAGUUGAGCGAAGGUGGAAUCCAUGGUUGCACUUGGGAAGUACACGUAGCUGUUCUCCAGCAACAAAAUCAGACAAGCAGAUGACACACUCUUCACCGACCCCUGGCAGGUACAUGAGCUUGUUGAGCGUUGUGGGCAAAUGGGAUCUGCUGAAGCAAUUUUCUGGAGACGAAACUGUCGAUGAAGUGUUCUUGGAAAACUUGAGAUGA